AUGCUAGGCCCUUUUCCUGAUGGCACAAGCGCAUCCCACAAUUUCAAACCAGUCACGGUACGUACCAAGAUGCACGAACGAACUCCCCUCAAUCCCUCAAUUCGAAGUCUGAGUUCUUCUUCCGUCUCUAGUCUCUACAUCCGAGCCUCUCUUCUCUCUUUGAGCGCACCUGAUGGGGCUGCCGAUCAAGAGAUGAAGGACGGCUUAGCCGUCAUCGCCGUGUCUGAGGACAGCAAAACUCUAGAUUCAUUUCUCAGGUUUUGCUAUCCAUCGACGUUGGCAGAGGAUCCUUCCCUCGAAAACCUGACAGAUGUCCUCUCUGUGCUCGCAGCUGCAAAGAAGUAUUCGCUAGACUUGAUUGAGAGAAAGAGUCCCUUCGCUGCUUUCGCUAUUGCCAGGAAUGCAAGGCUCAAAGAUGAAACCAUCAUCGCUGCCAAACACUCCUUACGACAACCCUUGAUUCCAGCGUGGUUUGGAGAGAUUGAUCUUAUCACCGCAUCCGACUUUCUUGCCCUGCUAACAUAUCACAAAAAUUGCACUAUCGCCGUCCACGCUUUAAUGAAGGACUUGCAAUGGAUCAAAUAUCAUUAUGGCGCUGUCGCUGCGGACGGGGGUACCGACAACAGACUUUUCCUCUGGAAUAAUGCUCCAGUGGCAUGGUGGAUAACAUAUAUGCAGGAGGUUUUCGAGUUGUUGAUGGAUCGACCGACUGGCGAUACUGUGAGGAUAGCAGCGGACAAGACUGUCCAAAAUGUCAGAAGUGCAAACUGUGGCGGUUGCUCUGCCCAGGUGAAGACGAACAUGGCGGACUUUAGCGAAUUGCUUGCUUUGAAAGUCGAAGAGGCUGUCGCUCCGAUCGAGCUGGAGAUGGACUUUUGA